AUGCUUUCAGGCACACAGGAUGCACUGGAGAGAGUGGAGUUCCUGGAACAGGACGAGGUCACCGAGAGGGUCACGGAGGACGAGGAGGUUCGACAUGGGCUGCCUUUGCCAAGGGCUCCGAAGGUGCCUAGCUUGGAUGAGCUCUCCAAUGACCUCGAUGUGCCCAGUGAGCUUCCAGCCUCCGCACCUUCAGCUCUGAUCCAGCCACGCGUGCUCUUCUCCGCUCACGAGGACAAGUCUCAUGCCAUCUCUGGUGAGACUUCCCUGGAGACCAUCAGGAGGCUGGUGGACACCCGCAGGGUGGAGACUGCUCUACAGCAGCUCUCCCAGCACUCCUAUGGCGUUGAGGCGGAGCAGCUGGACUCUGAUGGAUAUUUGCCGAACCUUAUUGUGUCAGCUGCAGAACUAGCCCAAAUCAUCGCAAAGUGA